UGGACGAACUUGUUCAAGCUCACAUAGCGUACUUUUGGUGGAGUUAUUAAAACUUUGUUGACUAAUGGUGGACUAAAUGGCCUUUUAUUUUUGAGUUUUGACAGUAUCUGUGAUCUUAGUUUCCUACUCUUAGUUGUGAAUGUGAGCUUAUUGGUUUUAAAUGAAGUUAACUGUUGCUCGACUAGUCAAUAUUAAGGUGAUGUGUAAGUUUGAUUCUUUAUGGAUUCUUGAGCCGUGGUGUCAUACUGAUGUUAUUAUGAGUGUGAACAACCUUGUCGUUAUCUACUUUGGCUUCCACAUUCCUGUCACCACAAGUGACCACUGGAAGGUGAUAAGCUAUCACUUCAAUCCCAACCAGGCCUGACAGCAAAAUGUGUUGCUUGCACUGGUAGAUUUCAACCUGAUGCAAGGACAUGUGAACUGACAAGUUCAGGCCUCCCGCACUUGAUGAUGUUAUUUGCAUGUUAGUCGCUCUGCAUGACAACUUUAAUGAGAUCCAUGGAGGGUGAAGCAACCUGAUAAAAAUAAAACAUCGCACAGACUCAAACAGUUCACUCUGUGACAUCUGGAGAUGAACAUACUCCUCAAGUGUUUCAAAGUCAGGUAUUUGUGAAUGAGAACGACUCUCCAGCACAGAUUAUUCAGUGUUUUUCUCUCUUAUUGUAUUUCUCAGUGAGGUAAUUUGCCUGUUUUAUUCAUAUUAUUUUUGACAACAUUAAUGGAUGAUGAAUUAAAUAUCACAUAUUUAACUCUUGAUGGGCACGUGGAAGUGGACAAAUACAGAUAUCUUUAUUUUUUGGUUAUAUUCACAGCUUAUAUUCUAAUAAUCUGCAGUAAUUCUACUGUUGUGUAUCUCAUCUGGAUUCAUCAAAACCUCCAUGAGCCCAUGUACAUUUUCAUUGCAGCUCUGUUAAUCAACUCUCUUCUUUUCAGCACUGUGAUCUACCCAAAGCUGUUGAUUGACUUUUUAUCUGAGAAACAGAUCAUAUCUUAUUCAGCCUGCCUCUUUCAGUUUCAUGCAUUUUACUCUUUAGGUGGUUCAGAGUUCUUACUGUUGGCAGCCAUGUCUUAUGACAGAUAUGUGUCCAUAUGUAAACCUCUGCAGUAUCCAGCUAUCAUGAGGAAAACAACUGUCAGUAUUUUCUUGGUCUUAGCUUGGGUUCUGCCUGCUUCUCAGGUCGCAGUGCCAGCUGGGUUAAGUGCUAAUAAAAAACUCUGUAGCUUUUCUUUAAAAGGAAUUUUUUGUAAUAAUACAGUUUACAAACUUCAAUGUGUGGUCUCAAGAGAACAAAUUAUACAUGAUAUGUUCAUUUUGCUAAAUGUUGCACUUCUUCCAGUGCUUUUCAUUCUUUUUACAUACAUCAGAAUAUUUAUAAUAUCCUAUCGAAGUAGCAGAGAAGUCAGGAGAAAAGCUGCACAGACCUGUUUACCACACUUGUUAGUUUUAAUCAACUUUUCCUGUUUGUGUGCAUAUGAUGUCAUUACAGUCCAGCUUGAAUCUGAUUUUCCCAAGACUGUACGCUUAAUAAUGACUUUACAGAUAGUAAUGUAUCAUCCUCUCUUCAAUCCAAUCAUGUAUGGACUCAAAAUGAAAGAAAUUUCUAAACACCUCAAGAAGUUGUUGUGUUCCACCAAAAUGAUGUGAUGUAUUAACGCUGCAAACAGAUGUACAGACAUUCUGUAAUUUAGUCACAAGGAUACUUUCAGUGCAGUUUGAACAGUAAUGAAUUUUGUCAACUCCAUCAUUGUAAUGACUGAUGUUAUUGGCUCUUUAUUCAGUCACAGCACAACAGAACCUCAUCAUGACUGAUGCCAUUCACAUUAUUUAUAUUAUCAUCUGUGGGUCUAUUGAUUACAUUUAUAAUGGUGGUCAUAAACAGAAGACAAACAUUGUAAGUGCUGAAAAUGUCGACACUACACAGUGACCUACUGCUCUGGCCAAUCACAGUCCUUUUUUUCUGCCAUCUUGUUUUCAUUUAGAAACACAUUGGAUUCA